UACUCUGUAGGCGGGUGAAAUUUUCCCCUUUGCGAGUUAGAGUGGAGAGCGUGAGACGCGGUACCUGCUCUGCGCCAUCGUCUUCCGCCACCACCGCCUCAUCGUCGCCGGCACCUCCUCCUUCCGCGGCGAAUUGAUUCACAGCCAGUUAGCCGAUACCGCAGUGAAAUGAGCAAGUACGGUUUGAACCUUAGGCCACCUAAGCCAAAGAAGCAGCUACCAAAACCUUCCCUGGCCACCCCUUUUGGCUUUAAUGAAGAUGAUGACAAUGACGUCGAGAGAGAAAUUGCUCUUCAGGCUAGCAAGAAUAAGCGUCUCAAGGAGGUUGAGGAGCAGCAAAAGAAAGCCUUGGAGGAAGAUCCAACCGUAUUUGAUUAUGAUGGUGUCUAUGACAAGAUGAAAGAGAAAGUCGCACGUCCAUUGGUGCAAGAUCGUGAAGAGAGAAAGCCUAAAUAUAUCGAAAAUCUGAUUAAAAAAGCAAAAGAGAGAGAGCUGUAUCGUGAGAUUGUUUAUGAGAAAAAGAUUGCCAAAGAGAGAAGCAAAGAUGAUCAUCUCUAUAUGAACAAAGACAAAUAUAUUACGGAGGCAUAUAGAAAGGAGCUUGCCAAACGAGAGAAACAAAUGGAGCUAGAACGUCUGCGGGAACUUCAGGAGGAAAGAGAUGACGUUACCAAGAAGAAGGACUUUUUGCUUGAUUUUUAUUCAAACCUUGAUAAAAAUGUCGCUUAUGGAGCAAAAGAUGCUGAAGCGAGGAAACGUGACAAUCAGGCUGAGCAUAGAGUCCAAGAGACCCAUGAAGGAGUGAGCCAUGCAUCAAAUGAGCAUGAACAUGGUAAUGUAUCAGAAGAUGUGCAACAUUCAUUGGGUAACUCGAGUUCCCCAGUGGAAUCUUCAAGAGAAAAGAUUGGGGAUCCGGGUGAAGCUCCUAAUCCUUCUGAUACGAAACCAAAUCUUGAGGAUUCAACGGAAGAAAAGAGUGAAAAGAGUUCAGCUGAACAGCCAUCAGAACCAAAGCCCGAUCAUCACAAAAGAAGUCAAGAUGCCCUGGUUGCAGCAAAAGAGCGCUUCCUGGCACGUAAGAAAGCAAAGGAACAAUAAAAAUUUCCCUGCAUUUGUUCAGAUGCCCUGCGGAUCAUUUUGUUUUAGGUGCUUGAUUAAUACAUAUGAUGUUCUGUAAUCUUCAAUGCUAAAGAGCUUUAUCUGUCAAAGUCAUAGAAUGAACUGGUAUACUGUGUUAAUAUAUGAUAUAUAAUUUGGUGCUGUUUCAUGAUUCAA